AUGUCGUGUGUCCACUACAAGUUCUCCUCCAGGCUGAACUCCGAUGUGGUCACCUUUCACGGCCCCCACAUCUCCCUGCGCGACCUCAGGCGCCAGAUCAUGGGCCGCGAGAGGCUGAAGGCGACCCACUGCGACCUGCAGGUCACCAACGCCCAGACCAUGGAAGAAUACACAGAUGACAAUGCCCUGAUUCCAAGGCACUCAUCGGUAACUGUUAGGAGAGUCCCUGUUAGAGGAGUUAAAGCUACCGGCAAGACAGACCUUGGGACACCAGAAGGACGCAAGGGAGCCCGCGUCACCCAUCUGACAUCCAUCAAGCUCCUGGAGAGGGAGCUGAGCCGCCACCACGCCUUUGGGCAGCCCCUGGCAGCCCUCUGUGGGGAGGACAACACGCUGCCCCGGCCCAUCCAGGAGCUGCUGGCUGUCCUGCGCCAGCAAGGACCAGCAACGGAGGGGAUAUUCCGCAGAGCUGCCGGUGGGACAGAGCUUCGGCAGCUGCGCGAGGCCCUGGACCGCGGCAAGGACAUCGACGUAGGAAGCCAGCCUGCGCUGCUGCUGGCCGUCAUCUUGAAGGACUUCCUGCGAAGCAUCCCCACCAAGCUCCUCGUCGUCGACCUCUACGAGGACUGGAUGGCAGCCAUGGAGAGGGCCAGCAAGCAGGCCAAGGUGGAGGAGCUGAAAGCGGUGGCUGACAAGUUGCCUGCGGCCAACCUCCUCCUCCUGAAGCGGCUGAUGGCCCUGCUGCAGCACAUCGGCCACAACGCAGCCACCAGCAGAAUGAGCUGCAGCAACCUGGCCAUCUGCGUCGGGCCCAACCUG